GGUUUUGGAAGGUUCACGGAAAACCCAAAGGAUCUGGAACGAAAGGAUCGUGCAGCCGGAUCGAAGGAAAAAGGAAUGUGUCAAGAUGCGACCUGUGCCCUCCCUAUGUGGCGUUGUCACAGCUUUGCUACACGUCCUGGCCAGCUUUGCCCACGGGCAAAGGCAAGAGGUAGGCAUGUCCUUCACUCGACAUCCUCAACCUUUGGAUGCACCACUGGGCGACGACGUGAAUUUCGAGUGCAACCUGAAUCUCGCCGCGGAACGGUUCUCGUGGCGCCAUAGGCCGUUAGGUUCGGACAAGUGGCUGCCGGUGUCCCAUACGCCCAGCAACAGUGGCAAAACCUCUCGUCACGUGGUGAACUUCGACGACAAGUCGAAAGCCGGUGACUACCGGUGCAUAGCUUUCUACGGUACCAGCGGUUUGGCCUCCGAUCCGGCACGAUUGACGCUCGCCACGCUGCAGAAGUUCGUCGACAAGACGGACGUUGUCAUAAACGUGGCGGCCGGUAACACGGUGCCCGUUACGUGUCCCGUGCCGUACUCCGCCCCGGAGGCCAUAGUACAAUUCUACAAAGACAACAAUCUCGUGCAGAACGUGAACGGGAAGACCAUGGUGAUCGAGAACGCGAGGAUUCACGACAGCGGAACGUAUCAUUGCACCGCCAGCAAUUACAUAACCAAUCAGAUAUUCACCAGCAAUCAUAAGACCGUGCUGAACGUGCAUACAAAUAUGAAAUUCCAGGCGCCGUACUUCAUCAAACAGCCGCAGACGGAAUACAAAGUUCUCAGGGACAAAAACGUGACGUUGGAGUGCUUUGGCGCUGGCUACCCGGUGCCAAACGUCACGUGGAGCAGGCUGGGUAGCCCGUUGCCGUCCAAUUCGGUGAAAACCGCGACUGGCCUGACGAUCAACAACGUACAGCCGUCGGACAGGGGCGAGUACGACUGCAUGUGGACCAACAACGGUGUGCACAUCAAAUCCGUGAUCAUAUUGAAAGUAAUGGAAGCACCGAAGGUGAUCAAGUCGCCAAAGGCGUCCACGUUCUCGGAGGGCGGGGAAUUGGAGCUCUCUUGCACGGUGACCGGCGAACCGGAACCGAGGGUCGAGUGGUUGAUUAACGGGGAGUCUUUGGUGCCCAGCGACAGCCUGGAGAUCAAAGGUUUCAAGCUGUUCAUCUCCGAGGUCGAGAAAAGACACGCGGGUGUCGUGCAAUGCGUCGCCAGCAACGAGUACGGCUUCGACUCCGGCUACAAUUUGCUGAAAGUAAAUCCCAAGCAACACAUGGGUACGACCGAGUCGCGACCGGACUACGGGAUCUCCAAUUCAAGGCACAAGCACACCAGAGGUGGAGGAAGGAGACGGAGCAAAGAGGGCAAACGAAAAGGCACUGCAGUGCUGGUGCCGCCGACUCAGCCCAGCGUCACCAGACUGACGGACGUAUCGGUGAUGGUCAGAUGGACGGUCCCGGAGAACACCGGUUUGCCGAUCGAGUUUUUCAAAGUCCAGUACCGGGAGCUCGGUCAGAAGCUGAACGGGAAACAGGCGAAAUGGAUGACCGCGAAUUCGGAAAUACCGCAGCACGUGCGGUCGUUCGAGGUCACCGAUCUGCAGCCCGGUCACACGUAUCGGUUCCGUAUCGCGGCGGUGUACAAGAACAACGACAACAAACCGAGCCCGAACUCCGAGAGGUUUCACCUGAACAGAGACAAAGGCACCGACCGCAAGAAGAUGCCGAUACCGUUGCUGACCAACACGGAAGCAUUGGGCCCGCAAGAGGUGUUGCUCAUCUGGCAGAAUCCGGAUAGCAUGGCGAACAUAGACGGUUUUUACGUGUACCAUCGGGCCUCCUCGUCCGCGGGGGACUACGUGAAAACCACCGUCGAAGGGAAGAACUCCUUCAACAUAACCAUAUCCCAUUUGCACCCGGACACGACGUACGAGUUCAAGGUACAGAGCUUCUCGGUGGACGCCGCCUCGGAGUUCUCGCAGAUACUAUGCCAGAAAACGAAGAAGCUGGUGAUCGAGCACAACGAUCACGAGAGCCGCAAGGAUCACGGUAGCAAUAUAACGCUGGACAGCCGUGUCGGGCCGGCGGACGAUCGGAACGCGAACAUGUACGCGAUAAUCGGCGGCGUUCUUGGCGGAUCGACGUUGCUGGGUGGUUUGAUAGUUGUCGCGGUUGUCUAUAAAAGGACCAAACGCAAACAGAGCCGGGAAUCCUCACAGAGCGAAGGCAAACCGAUAACAAACGGAAGAGUUAUGAACGGUGGUGUCACCGACUCGAAAAUAAACAUAACCUCGAACCCGCUCGCUGGUCUCGAUACGUCCGAAGAUAUAAUACAGCCUAAGAGCGGGCAGCAACAAUCGCCGAUGGAAAUGGCCUCGUUUCUAAACGGCCAAAACAACAACAGCAACAACCAUAACAACAGCGACACAGCUGGAACCGACGUGAACACGUCGUACACUGAGCCCCCUCUGCUCCAGGGAUCACUGCCUAUCGAACAACCUCUGUGAACGACAUCUAGAAAUUCUCGAAACCGUUGUCGUGCCAAGUGGCGUAACUAGCAAUUAUUGUUCAAACUUUCGAGUCUACGCAUCGUUUAAGUUUGGUCAUUUUAAAAAUUUUAUUAGAGACACAUUUUCUCUGUUUAAGAAAUCUUUUGAUUACUUGCUUCGAUCAGGAAAUAAUACUGUAAUAAUACUGCGAGGAAACGAUUCGGUAAGAAUUAACUUUAUCGAUGUAGUUUUCGACAUAUUAUAAUUUGUUUCGAAGUUGGGGGCCGUCGUGCUUGGCACAUGCUGCGCCCUCUACCUUAGAUACGCCACUGGACAUGUUGGGAUACGCGUGAAUGUCGCAUCAGAGCGUAACGGACUGUUACUAACAGUUUCUUGUUGUAUUCCAGGGCUGCUCCUUCCCCUACCGCUUAACUGCUCCCACCACGUCCAGAUGGCUCACCGGUAUCUAUAUACAGGGUGACGCAAUUGGGAAAAGCCAUAUCUCUAAUACGGUUAGAGACAAAAAAGAAAAUGUCAUCAAGCAAAAUUAAACGUGACUCUAUAAUUGUUAAUCCCUCGCAAGAAAGUAUUAAGAUGUAUAUAUGGUACAGAGAUAUUUUUUGUAUUUCCCAACCGUUUUAGAGAUAUAGUUUCUCACAAUUACCUGGGGACAUCCUGUAUAUAAGAUCCCCAGUCACUGAAGGGAACUGCUAGAUCAGUAGUUGGGAGCAGUACAGCGGGGAAUAAGUUCCAGCAGCCCUGUUGUAUGUAUUGGAAGGAAGCGACAAAAGAUGCACGAACACGUCGCUUCAACGAUGGCUUUCUUAGUGAGAUUUAUAACUUUUACUUCUAGAUAUUUAGUCACCCCUAAGUUAUCGCACCGAACAAACUGUUACAAGACAUUUUGCAGGUUGUCGUAAUAGGUAUGCUCAAAUAUUUCAAUUAAUUACUAGACGCGUGUUCGAUCGACGAAUGUACCCGACGCAUUCAUUUCCAGAUAUUCGCACGCGAUAAUUUAUUAACCCUUUCUGUCCCGAAUCGAUUUGGAUAAUGAAGGUAUACU